AUGAAGAUAUUUCUAGGACAUCUUUUCUUGGAAAAGGAGCACAAGCUCUCUAGGCAACAUUUCCGCAGCAACAUUUCCAACAAAUUGAUUUUGAAGGGCCAAAUACGUGUUGCUGUUCGUGUCCGACCCCCACUGGGUAAGGAACUCGAUGUGCCAACUAACCAUCUUUCGUAUCCUGGAGUGUCCUCGAUAAAACUAGACCAGGUGAGGGUUUUCGAGUUCCAGCGUGUGUUUGGUCCGAAUAUGAGUCAAGCACGCGUAUUCAACGACGUGGAGGAGCUAAUAUUGUCUUGCCUUCAUGGUUAUAAUGUUUCUAUCAUAGCUUACGGGCAAACAGGAAGCGGGAAAACACACACCAUGAGAGGAGGUGAGGGCGAAUCUGAGGGAAUCAUUCCACGAGCUGUCAAGUUCCUGUUUAAUUCAAGAGACAAAUUAGCUGUCGGCUGUUUUCAGUUUGAGUUCAAAGCCUCAUUCCUCGAAGUUUACAACGAGGAGGUGUAUGAUCUACUUGCCGAACGAAAAAAGCUGGACAUCAAGAUGGGAUCGGGCAACACUUCGAUUAGUGGCUUGAAAUAUUGCGACAUCACUGCUGCAGAUGAUAUUGAAAACCUUCUAGUAAUAGCGGACAGGACCAGAUCGACAGCGGCUACAAAGUGUAACGAGCAGUCGAGCAGGAGUCAUGCAGUAUUCGAACUCGCUAUACAAGGAUAUAACAAAACGUCAGGUACGUCACGACAUGCUUGUUUGCAUUUGGUGGAUCUCGCAGGCUCAGAACGGGUAAAGGAGUCUGGCGCUGAGGGUGAUCGUUUCAAAGAAAUGACGCACAUAAACUCAGCGCUGUCUAAUUUGCAGAACUGCAUUCGAAGUCAACUGAACAAGAACCCUCAUAUACCUUACCGUAAUUCGAAACUGACUAUGAUUCUGCGCGAUAGCCUGGGAGCUGGUAAUUCCAAGACGAUGGUCAUCGUUGCAUUGAACCCUUCUGCGGCUCAAAUCGCAGAAACCAAAAGAAGCUUGGAGUUCGCACAACAGAUGAGCAUGACCAAAAUCGGUUCGGCAAAGAAACAAGAGCAGUAA